AGAGCGGUAUGGCUCAGAUCAACCCAAAACAGAACAUUAGUUUCUCUAUCGAUGGAAUCCUUAAUUCUGGCAAUGAAGACGAUAGAUUUCAAAGGAAUCGUGAAACUUGCAGCACUUUUGAAACGAUUUCUUUCAAGAAAGCAGUGACAACGGAAGAUGGAAACAAUAUUAGAGGCGACAACAGCCCCAAUAACAAUAAUAGCCCGAUCAGCAUGGAGAAGAACACAGGUCAGCCUUUUUUUGCUUUUUAUGUUUAAGAAGAUUGUUUAUUGUUAUUUCUGUUAGUAAGAAGGGUUGUUAUGAUCAUAGCAGGCAAAAAAGGACUGAGUAGAAAAGGAAAGCUUUAUCAAAACCCAGCUGAUCAAUGUUGGCUUAACUUAAAAUAACAAUGAGCCCCGGAAUUAGUCCAUAGACUGACUCAGUGAUAGUAGUUCGUGUAGUAAAGCUCGCCGUCUUAGUGUUUAGCAGUUGUUGGUGUCGAGAUUUAUUUAUUAUUUUCGUUCUCUGACGAGAAAGUCCUGGCAACAUUCUCAUGACUCGUAUGGAACUUCUUGAAUCAAAUGACAAAGUUUCCCCGAUAAUCAAGCUCUCCUAUUAAUACCGUGAAAAACUAUCAGAAAUCUCAAUAUCCAGAACAAAUUUUCCUUACAAAAGGGUUCAACACUGUUGAAAAUGAGUGAGUGUUAGUGGGAAAGUAUUGUUUCUUUCCAAUGAGGUAGAAUCCAAUUAAAAAGGCAUUGACUUCAGUUAAAUUGGAUAACUUUUUUAACCAGAUCAUCUGAAGAUGGCUACGUCCGAUUCUACCUGAUAAAUAAUCAUUAUAAGUCAGUGUUCGAAAGGUAGCUUUAAGUUAUCGCAAAAGACCAUUGGCUUCAAAGGAAACAAUUGCCAUAUCUCACGCUCAACUGAGAAAUACGCAUGUUUAUUGAUGCAACCGUUUCAGUUUGUGGAAUUUGUGGACCGACGUUUCGACAGUAUUGACUUUGAACAUUUUUGCCAAAAUUGUGCGGUUCUUUUGUUUAACAGAGCAGAUACUAAAAACAGUUUUAUUGGUUUUUGUUAUAUUCCUCUUGUCUCUCAAAAAGACUGACGUAUUUCAUCUUCUCGACAUGAUGGCGAUGUUUUCGACAAGCUGGUCGAUUAAGGAGAAUUGAAUAUAUAUAUAUAUGCGUUAUUCAAAAAAAAUCACAAUUCGUAUCUCUACGUGAAACCGUGUUUGAAUGGUCAAUGAGUCUGUAGACUUUCCCGGAUUUGUUACGAACUGUGGAAUUUUUCUACUUUUACCAGGGGAAAGUUUAAUAUUUCUAAGUACAGUAACGUCGUUCUUACGUCUUGAUACUGACAUGUCAUCCCAGAUCUUGGCCACCGAAUAAAAUCUGGUUUCUUCUGGUACUGUUCGCGUUUUAGCGCCAGUAGUUAAGAAGACGAAACUUCUUGGUUAUUUUUUCAUUAAUGCUAAUUUUGACCACUCUUGGGAGUAAAAUGCCUUGAUAAUCGUGACAAGUAGAAGAAAACGUGAAGGACUUUGCGUUUAUCGCUAUUGAGUGCAUUAUGUGGUGGGGAUUAUUGCAAAUUAAUCCCUACAAAAAGACAGGAAAAACGCAAAAUUACUUUUUUAAGAAUCUUAUCUAAGACAUCCCAAUUCUCACGCAUUGUUUAAGGGAAUUGAGUUGGUACAGUUUGCAAAUACAAAAACCUCCUCCAAAUCCUUUAUUACGUGAGAUUUAAAACGAAAUCAAGACUAUCAUCAAUUGAUACGAGGCAUUGCUGAAUUACAAAAGUAAGAUUAUAAAAUGAAAUACUUGAACCUCUUAACAGACUGUCUAAAAUCUCUGACAAUUUGGAGUAUGCAAGGAGAGCACAGGGUGGUAUGGAAAUGACAUGUUCUGCAAAGGUCUUCCUGUAAUUUUUCCAUUUAGCCUCACCACAAAGAGGACUGCGAGUUCUUCCUCUUCUUGAUUGGCAUGUCAUUAUUAUAAAAUUGGAUAGAAAUUUCGUCGAAACAGCGAGUCAUUCCUGCUGGCCUGUCUGACAGUCAAGGCGCCAUUUUGUCUCAAGAUGGGUUUCUGACCCCUGAGAUUAAGUCCUCAGCAGAUUGCAAGGUGUAAAUUUUUUAACAGUGGGCGGAGUUGUGUUGUUGAGGUACUCUUGGCUCCCAACUUUAUAAAUUUGAGAACACGCAAACGUUCUUCUAAAUUUUAAUCAGAUUUUUUUUUUCUACUUUUCACGUCCUGUCACCUUGCUAUCCGCCUAACGCCCUCUUUACUGAUACUGAUCAAAAAUUAAUAUCUUAUCUAAUGUUCAAGGAAAAAUGUGUUGGUUUUAGCUCGGGGAUCUAAAAAACAAUAAGUACGUAAUAUUAAGAAACGUGGCCUCAAAAAAGAAAGGGCAAACAAAAUUUAAGCCAGUUUUUACCGGAAUCAUAAGCCGACAGAUAAAAAGUAAAGUUGCCAAAUAAAAGAUCUUAGUUAUCUUUUACUUUCUCAGUUCUGCAACAUUUCACGUUCAUCCAGAGUUCAUCUUUAGCUUUUCCUUGUCAGCUGAGUCUUGCAAUUGUCAAUGAGUGACUUCAGACUUCUUUGGAUUGACUUAGGGACAUUAAGAUAACAAACUUACCUGUAGCCAGGUUACUUUAUAAAGUUUGCUUUUGCCAUACAUUUAAUGCGUAGUUCGCAAUGGAAGAGGCAAACAGGCCGAGUAUAACAAAGAGUCCAUGCAUUGCAGUGCUCACACACAAUUGAUAAUCUCACAGAAUAAUCCCUUCGAUGACAUGAACUGUACGGAUUUCAUACGGUAACUUUACUGCACAACGGGGCUCGGCUAUCAUAUGAGGUUAUAGAUUGAAUCCUAAAGGGUAAAAUCAUCGCAAAAUAACAAAAAAUAUCAAGCAGAGGUAGUCCGUGGUACAUAUAUUUUUACCGUAUAUGAGUUCAUCACUUUUAAUUCGUAUAUGAACUGUUAUUGUACAGUAUGACAGCAGUACAGUGUACAUGAUAGAACUGGAUUUAGAAGACAGUAUUGUCAAAUCCUGUGGUACCUUUAUUUUUUAAGUUACUGUGCUACGUGAACAAGGAAACACCUUCUUAUGAAUCCCUUUUUGGAUGAUAUCCUAUCUAGAUUAUUUUCAUGUCGUGCACCGUCUAUUAUCCAGGUGGCUCUCAUGCCUAAAAUACGUGUGAAAACGAAACUAACGCGCAGUAUUUCAACCUUCUUGGAAAGCGAGGGUUUCUUUGCAGUACUUUACAUUGUAAGUCAACAAUUUUAACGUUAAUUUUUAUUCUAAUAGUCUUUUUUUCAGUUUUUGCUUCUUUUAGAGGCGUUACUCGAUGAUCGAAACUUGAAGUUUUCGCUAUGCAAAUAAACAAAGCUACUGAUCAGAUUAUGUCAACAAUUUUGCUAUUCCGGUCAUAAGAAAUUACUGCUUUCUGUUUAAGCCAUUGAGUUACUUUAUUAUUUCUUCAUUUUCAGCUUUUUAGGUAAAAUUACUACACCAUAUUAUCUGUUUUUCCGGUCAUAAAAAUCUCAUUGUGGUCGUUACUCCAGUCUGACCUCAAGAGCUAAUUGUUCCAGUGCAGACAUCGUUUUGUCAUUAACCCACUACCGGUCUAUUAUCAGCUGUUAUUUACCACCCGGUAAAUACAUAUCUACCAUUAAAACUCCCGCAAAAUAUUUGAGAAACGUUCUGCAUUCUAUUUCGUGCGAAAUAUAAACAAAGAAACUUCAUCAUUGUAGAAUGUUUGUUUGGUUUAAACACUGGUAUGAUGCAACUAAACUUAAUGCUCGACUCUAACUACAAUAAAUUUAGCAAUUUGUCGUAACCAGACAAAUGAAUCAGUUCUGCCAUUUUAGGUUUCUCCAUUUGGAAAAGAACACAGUACACCUGUAGAAACAGCAUCAUUAAAACUUUUAGAGGCGCAAAUUAAGCGCACAAAAAAACACCAAUUGUUUUAGUCAGCUUCUUUUGAAAAUUGUUGAUAGAAGUAUAAAAGUGUAACUUUAUAUACGAGUUGAAGUAACGUGGUACUAGCUUCUAUCACAUCAAAGUAUGCCAUCCCGAAAACAGUUUUUUUUUCUCUAUAUAUAGUUCUUUUUAGAUGUUUCAUAGCAUUUAGUUAACACACUCCACUUGUUUUAAUUUCUAUACAUUUUCAUUCCAAUUUAGUCCUAAGAUUAUAUGGACAGGCACACCUCCACAGCCUCAUCAUUCAAAACUAAUAGUUAACAUACUAUAGUGUGAUUUUACCCACCCUAGUUAAAAGGAUGAACCUCCUGUGAGAUCCUAGAAAUCACUGAAUGCAAUUACUCGAGACUAAACCAUAUUGCUUAACGAAACGGCAGCUUAGCCCCGCACUGUGAUGAUACAAAACUUUUGCCACACUUAGAACUGCAUUUCACUACAGAUUCUAAUCCCCUCGAUCUAAAAUUUCAAAUAAAGUAUCUCACGGAACGAGUUUGCUCUUAUUUUGUUACUUUUUUCACUGCCAGUAAGAAAAACAAGGGCAAUAAAAUAAUAUCAAAACGAUAAGGGCUUAACAUGGUAAAAACCUUUGUUUUAGUCAGACAAAACUUUCUUCGGCUCUGGUUUUAACUGUUUUGUGUUGCAUGCGAAGUGUUCAUUCUGGCGCUGUGUUUUCUUCAUCGAGUUGUCCGAUACCCUGCUGUCUUUGCGUGGGAGAACUUAAAAGGUUCACACAUUUUUCUUAAGGCGAGUGUAACUCAAUUACUUUCCUGUCUUGGCCAAGUGGUGCUGAAAAAGAGAAAAUUCAAGUCUUCCAAUGGGUUCUUAAAGCGAGUAAAUAGUACUACUAAUAAUAAUGUAACUGAAAUGGUGCCUUGUAUCUUCUCUUUCAACUGAAGAUUCUAAUCGCGCUAAUGUAUUUUGUAGCGCUUAAAAGUUCUAAACUUGAGAAAAUCCAAAUAUUAAAAAAAGCACUUUAUGAAAUGCUUAGAAAAAAAUUAGUACAAAUGGGAAGGUAUGGCCCAAAAAGGUUUCAUUUGAAAUUCUACACCACAGAAUUUCGUCUACAUACUCAAAAAGCUUUAAAAGGUACAUUUCGUGUGAAUCGUGGCUUUGGAAAUGAACUGUCAGUAAAGAAGAAGAGUACACUACAGAGGGCCUGUUCUUUUCUCAGUGGGAGCAAUGUGUCAAGUAUAAAGCGCGUUAAAAAGCAGCAUUAUAUUAUAUUCUCCCCCAUUCUUCGAACCACGUAUUUUGCUCACUUAUAGCCUCUCAAUAACAAAACCCUUAAUUCAGUUCACAUCCCAAUAAUAGAGAGAUAUCUUAUGUUAAAAUGAGAAAAAAAAAAUGAGGCUAGAGAAGAUUGAUACAUUUUGUUUGAGGAAUGUGUAGGAACUGAAUGAACAAAUGUUUUCGUGCUAGCCUUCUAGCUACUGAAUCUGUGGACGAGACGGGAAAUCCGUGCGAAAAAUGAAAAAUAAAGAAGCUUCUGACCAGUCAUUUCCUGUGGUACUGUUUAUUAUGUUGUGCAAAGAGAUUCUGACUUUCGAAUCUAAUGAUAAAAUCCUAUCGUGUACCGAGUAUUCAACUGAAAGCUACUAUAAAGCAGUACUCUCCUGUGGUGCCGUUUAUUUUGGCGUAUAAAGUGUUCCUGACGUGCCGGAGACUGUUGAUGAAAUUCAUUGUACAAAGUGGUUUUAUACCUUUUUAGUCUCGAGACGAACUCCAGUAGGGUAACCAUUCUUUUUCUCCCUUUUUUGCGGUUUCUAUAUCACACACUAUACUUUAUUUUCUUACACAUCACUUUGCCAUCUUUGCCCGCAAAUAGCAAAAGCUAGACCGGCGAGGCGGACGGAGAGGAAAGUUUACAGCAGUCAUAACAGAUAAUAUUGUAAAGUAACUAAAUAAACUAUGUGGAUAAAUAAGAAUUUCCUCUACAAAAUGAAAUUGAAAUUUUUUAAACGCUAUAAUUUAAGGCAUUAUUUGUAGUUAAAGGGCAAAGAAUACUACUGGCUCUACGAGUGAAAAAGUCAUUUAUAAUUUCCAAUUUCCUUCAGGAUCAAAGUCUGAGGACAGGGUCCGUCAUGAAGCAAAUACCAAGGAUGCAGACAAGAUAAAAACGCCUGGCAAGAAAAAGAGGCGCAUUUUAUUCACCAAGGCCCAGGUUUAUCAAUUAGAGAGUAGAUUUCGCGUCCAAAAGUACCUCUCCGCUGUUGAGAGAGACCAAUUAGCAAGAAUGAUAAACUUAACUCCUUCACAAGUAAAGAUUUGGUUCCAGAACCAUCGAUACAAAAGUCGUCAACAAAUCAAACAGGAUGGGCAGUUUGAGGAAGACAUCAAGACGCCUUGUGGGGGACAUUACCAUCCUGCCGAGGUGCCGUGCUUACAGCCGUGCCCAUAUUAUGAACCUAGGGACAAUAUCAGUACGUUUCCGUCUGCCUUUAUGCCUUGGUCCCCUGUUUGUCCUCCACCCCCUGUAAGCACUCUGGCCUCAGUAACUGCGCAACAAAAUCAAAACUAUUUGCGUUAUCCUUCGUGUCAGUAUGAAAGGCAAAGACAUGUUUACUUUCAUCCUCCACUAUUUUACUAA